AUGAGGAAAUCUGCAUUGCUGUCGGUCGACGCCUUUGCUAAGACUGAAGAGGAUGUACGAAUCCGUACCAGGUCCGGAGGUAUUAUAACCCUUUCAUGUAUCAUAGUAACAUUUUUACUGUUACUUAGCGAAUGGACCCAGUUGAAAGAGAUUGUUACGCGACCACAACUAGUUGUGGAUAGAGACCGUCACCUGAAGUUGGAUUUGAACAUGGAUGUAACCUUUCCACACAUUCCGUGCUAUUUGUUGAACAUGGACAUCUUGGACAGUGCUGGGGAAAUACAGCUGGAUCUGCUUGAAAGUGGGUGGAGCAAGACCCGUUUGGAUUCUUCAGGUCAAAAUCUGGGUACUGAAAAGUUCCACAUUGGCCAGGAUUCCAACAACGCUGGACCCGAGGACGAAAAUUAUUGCGGACCUUGUUACGGGGCCAAGGAUCAAACUCAGAACGAGCAAAAACCCAAGGAAGAACAAGUUUGUUGUCAGACCUGUGAAGAUGUGCGUUCGGCAUACAUGGAAGCGCAAUGGGCUUUUUUUGACGGCAAGAACAUAGAGCAAUGUGAGCGUGAAGGUUACGUGGAAAAAGUUAACAAACAUAUUAAUGAAGGUUGCAGGAUCAAAGGUAUGGCCAAGCUCAACAGAAUUGAAGGCAACUUACAUUUUGCACCCGGCAAAGCACACCGUAAUAAGCAGGGUCAUUUCCACGAUACUUCCCUCUACGAUAGAACGCCAAGCCUGAACUUCAAUCAUAUAAUCCACCACUUGAGUUUUGGUAAAGAGGUCGAGGAGACUCAAACCGAGAGCGUCUCCACCUCCCCACUAAAUGGCAGAGAUGUUAGGCCUGACUACGACACGCAUUCUCACCAGUUCUCUUACUUUGCCAAAAUUGUUCCAACAAGAUUUGAGUAUCUAAAUGGAGUCAAGGUAGAAACUACACAGUUCAGUGCUACCUACCACGAGCGGCCCAUUCGCGGUGGUCCGGACUCAGACCAUCCAAACACACUACACAGUCGCGGAGGGUUUCCAAGUGUGUAUUUUUACUUCGAGAUGUCGCCGCUAAAAGUCAUCAACAAGCAGCAAUACGCGCAGUCAUGGUCUGGUUUUUUGCUGAAUUGUAUCACAAGUAUCGGGGGUGUACUAGCCGUGGGCACUGUGGUGGACAAAGUCACAUACAAAGCUCAAAGAUCUAUAUGGGGCAAGAAGAGUUCGUGA